UUCCAAGCAGUUGUUCGGUGGUGGAAUCUGCGCGUUAAAGUGAUGGUCAUAAUGCGUGCUCUAAUAGCAACAAUUUUACUCAUCACGAUUGUGCUCGUAUCGAUUGUGUUUAUCACAGCCAAUACCAAAGUCGCGGAAAUAGAUGAAGAAUCGGUUGUCGGUUUGGAUGAGAUGGUCGGAAAUCGUUUACCAUCAGCAGAUUUUGUAGAUAAGGAAGAAUUCGAGAGCAUGGAGAUUAGUCCGAGUGAAAGUACGAAACUAAGUUCGGUUACGGAUGAACAUUUACUAUCUAUCUUCCGAACGGCCGGUUCGACCCUUGGCAGCAUGAAGUAUGAUGUAGUCCAACCAGAAACGACUGCCCAUGUGAAAAGCAGUGAUGAUAUUCUCUUUAUUACGCCAGACAAUUUUGGUACUAGCACAAAAGAUGUAUGGACUGCUACAUCAACUUCAGAUGGAAGAACAUCAACGACAGAUGAGAAAGUAUCUGAAUAUACUGUUUUUAUGAAUAAGCAAACGCCACCUCAAGAGAUGCAUUUUACUGAAGAGGUUUUGAUAAACACAAAAAGAGAUGAAUCACCAAUAGUUGAUCUAAAUCCACAUACGGUAACGCAAAGCAAAGUGAGCCCAACGAUCUCAUCAAAGACUUUCCAAACCUCGGAGAAACAGUCGGUAACUCUACCAAUAGGCUACGAACCUGAAAGUUACGUCGUAAUGGAUUCUGUGCCUAAUGCAGCUGCUGAUUCCAGGGUUGAAAAUACAGACGCAAAAGAAUUAGAUCCUAUUAGCUGGAACUUGAACACACCCACUCGGGAGCGAAAACAGCGUGACGCAGGCAAAGGCUCGGAAACGAUCGUGCUGAAUACGGUCCCAAUCGUGCCACAUAUAUCAGGUGAACAUCAAAGAUGCGCCCACAAGUUCCCUCCGCUACUGCCAGCGAGGGCGUUCCACCAGGACGUUACGCUCCAGCACCGUGGAUUGCCAUCGAUUUACAACCCAUGUAACUGGAAUACACAAUACAUGAACCGGCUACGGUAUCCACAGUGUGCGGACUGUCAGCGGGAUUCUGUUCCGCUGUGUAAAACUUGCGGACGAUGCAGUGAGUGCUGCCAGAAGGGCAGAUGCGAAUGCGGUUGUCUGCGCUCGCCAAGUAUGAACUAGCUUUGCUUUACGUACCUUUGAAAACAAACAGCUAAUAUUAUAGGAAGCAGAUGUUUUCUGUGUACAACCAGCUAAGAUGUUUUCGUUAUGAUAAGAAUUAUAGGAAAUAUGAUACUCACUUUUUUGAAGGUCGUCCAAAUUUCCUCACCAAAUAGUUCCACGCGGAUGACAUUGAUCAUUGUUUUGAAAUUUGAAAUAUCGGCAUCAACAAUUUAGGGUUGAAAACUAAAUACUCCCAGGCUUCUUGGAUGCAGAUAAACCAUUAACGAGAAUUGAAGCAGGAGCUAGGUUAGAUGAAAUAAACGUUGGUCAGAAAGUAUUUUUAGUGCAAAAGUCGAUAUAAACUAGCCUAAUGUUA